CUUGGUUUGAACUUGGCACGCUUAUCGCGCAUUUCCGCCUCACUCACUGAAACUCCGAGCAUGAUUAGCAAUGGAGUAUGCACUCUCCGCACGUGCCUCCGUUUCCCAGCGAGACCACUAUUCCGAGAACCUCCGCGCUUGUUCAGCUGUCGGCAGCGGUUUCUGGUGACUGCGUCGGAAACGAAGAAGAAAGAGAAGGUGAUUGUGAUUUCUGGACCCACCGGUUCCGGCAAGAGCCGCCUCGCAUUGGAACUCGCAAAGCGCCUCAACGGCGAAAUCGUCAGUGCCGACUCCGUCCAGGUGUAUCGGGGGCUUGAUGUUGGAUCUGCAAAGCCUUCCCCAAAUGAAAGAAAGGAGGUACCACAUCAUCUGGUUGACAUACUGCACCCAUCUGAAGACUAUUCUGUUGGGCAGUUUUUUGAGGAUGCAAGGCAAGCUACAGGAUGUAUUCUUGACAAUGGCCGUGUUCCCAUAGUUGUUGGAGGCACUGGAUUGUAUUUAAGAUGGUUCAUAUAUGGAAAGCCAGAUGUACCUAAAGCCUCUCCAGAGAUUGUAUCUGAAGCAUAUCAAGAGUUAGCUGAACUGCAGAGGAAUGAUGACUGGGAUACAGCUGUGCAGUUGGUGGUAAAAGCAGGUGAUCCAAAGGCUCAAUUUCUAGCAGUGAAUGAUUGGUACCGAUUACGACGUAGCCUAGAGAUUAUUAAGUCUAGUGGAUCACCUCCUUCUGCUUUUCGGGUACCAUAUGAUUCUUUCAGGGAACAGGGCGAAUAUGGUGUUGCUGAUGGUUCUGAGUUGUCUGAUAUGAAUACUUAUGGUGAUGCAAUGGAAAAAACCAACUCAUCAGAGUUAGACUACGAGUUUAUGUGCUUUUUCCUUUCUAGCCACAGACUUGACCUCUAUAAAUCAAUUGAUUAUCGGUGUGAAGAUAUGCUGUUAGGAAGGGAUGGGAUUUUGUCUGAGGCUCAAUGGCUUCUUGAUACAGGUCUUCAUCCAAACUCCAAUUCUGCAACAAAAGCAAUUGGUUACAGACAAGCCAUGGAGUACUUACAAAGAUGUAGAGAGCAAGGGGGUCACAGUUCUGUUGAAGAAUUUUACAAAUUCUUGUUUGAAUUUCAAAAAGCAUCACGGAAUUUUGCAAAAAGGCAGUUGACCUGGUUUCGUAAUGAAAACAUAUACCAGUGGCUCGAUGCUUCUAAACCUCUGGAAACCAUUCUCGACUUCAUUCAUGGCGCAUACCAUGAUUGGAAUGGAAGUAUUCUUGUGCCUGAAGACCUAAGAAUGUCGAGAGAUAUUUCUAAUCACCGACAAGCUGCACAACUUAAGGCUUACCGCACCAGAAAUAGGCAUUUCGUGAACGGGGAAGAUUGUACUCAUAUUCUGAACUGGAUAAGAAAGACCCAAAGGUGAGAUGGAUACUUUCUUUAUGCAUUCCCUUGAAAUGGCCUUAAAUUUGGAAUUAUUUAGGCGGCUAUAUAAAGUUUUCAGGUUGAAGAGAAAGUUUUAUUCUUAUUGCCGUUUCUUGAUUACAUCCUUCUGUCUUUUCGAUAGAAUACUGUAAUGACAACCUAAUCUGUAAGCCAAUUUCUUUCCCCUCCUUUCACCUGCAAACCAAUAUAUAUACGAGAUUGUCUCUCGAUGUUAAGUUAUUUGAGAUUGUUUCUAAA